AUGUCCCAGCCGAAGGCUCCUCAAGCGACUGUCAUGGACCUUGAGCAUCCUUGGCCCCUCACCAUUCUCAGCAUCGGAAUGUGUGUAGGCUGGUUGGCCAACUACAUUGCAAUGAUCCAUAAAUCCUUUCAAGACCGUACCUAUGGAAUGGCGUUGAUGCCGCUCUGCUGCAAUAUCGCUUGUGAGUUUGUUUAUGGCGUUAUUUAUCCGCCUGACAUACCGAUUUGGCCAUACAUUUUUGCGAGCUGGUUGACUCUCAAUUUCAUUGUUGUAUACGCCGCCAUGAAAUUUGCCCCGAACGAAUGGGCACAUGCGCCAUUGGUAAGGCGGAACCUCCCUUGGAUAUUCGCGGUCAGUAUUGCCGGUUGGAUGUCUGCGCAUUUGGCCUUGGCCGCCCACGUUGGACAGAGCUCCGCCGCGGCUUGGAGUUCCUGGUUUUGCCAACUGCUGCUUAGUGCCGGUGGGCUAUGCCAACUUGUUGUUAGGGGAAGUACUCGAGGCACGUCCUUCUUCAUAUGGAUUAGUCGUUUCGUGGGGACUGUUCUUGCGCUACCUUAUGAGAUAUUGCGGUACCAAUACGGAUAUUCAAAUGUUGUAUGGCACAGUCCCCUGGGCUGGUGGGGUGGUGUGACCUUUCUUUUUUUAGAUGGCUCAUACGGAGCCUGCCUAUGGUACAUCCGCCGGUCCGAGCGGAAAGCCGCCUAUGAUCGCCAACAAAGGAAGCAGAAAUAA